ACUUCUUGCAGUGGGAUAAGGGACCAAAUAUCUCUUCCAGUCAGUUUAGCUGUACCAAAAUCAAGAUGAACAGCUUGCCAAAAGAUACCAAGCCAAAUUAUAUCAAAUAAAGAUAAAAUAAAUUCCACUCAAGCCAAAUGAAUAAUAAGAGUCGAACAACAACUAUUCCCAACGAUACUCACUAAACUUCACCACUGGCUGGUUAUUCUUAACGUUUAUAAAAGAAAUAGAAAUGGAUAUAAAGCCAGAAACAAGUGGAAGUACAAGUGUCGGCGUAUAUGGUUCGAAACAUCUUCCAGAGGAUGGAAUAACUUCUCAGAGUCCAAUGCAGUUUCCACCUUUUACAUUAGCAAUUGUGAAGUUUUUGGUUAAAUAUUGUGGUGCUGACUUAAGUUGUAAAGAUGAGUGGGGAAAAACUGCUUUACAUCAUGCUGUCAUUGGUGGUGAAACAGACAUUGUCAAAUAUUUUGUUGAACAAUGUAUCGUUGAUGUAAAUGACAAGGAUAAUAACGGGUGGACAGUUCUGCACCAUGCUGUCACUAAACGUACGCCAGAAAUUGUAAAAUAUCUUGUUGAACAUGACGCUGAUGUAAAUGACAAGGAUAAAAAAAGGUGGACAGCGCUGAACUACGCUGUUACUAAAGAUACGCCAGAAAUCUUGAAAGAUCUUGUUGCACAUGGCGCUGAUGUAAAUGCAAAGAAUAAUAACGGGUGGACAGUUCUGCACCAUGCUGUCACUAGAGGUACGCCAGAAAUUGUAAAAUAUCUUGUUGAACAUGGUGCUGAUGUAAAUGACAAGGAUAAAAAAGGGUGGACAGCGCUGAACUACGCUGUUACUAAAGAUACGCCAGAAAUUGUAAAAUAUCUUGUUGAACAUGGCGCUGAUGUAAAUGGGGUGAAAAAUAACGGGUGGACUGUGCUGCACGAUGCUGUUUUUAAAUGUACAGUAGAAAUUCUAAAAUACCUUGUUGAACAUAGCGAUGAUGUAAAUGGCAAGGAUAUUAACGGGUGUACAGUUUUGCAUUAUGCUGUUAAUAAAGGUACGGUAGACAUUGUAAAAUAUCUUGUUGAACAUGGCGCUGAUGUAAACUGCAAGGAUAUUAACGGGUGUACAUUGUUGCACUAUGCUGUUAGGAAUGGUACGGUAGAAAUUGUAAAAUAUCUUGUUGAACAUGGCGCUGAUGUAAAUGGUAAGAGUAAUAACGAGUCUACAGUGUUGCACUAUGCUGUUAGGUUUAAUAGAUUAGAGAUUGUCAAGUAUUUAGUUGAAAAGUGUGCUGACGUUACUCUUCACACUCACAAUCUUGGUAUUGACAUCCUCAAGAUGGCUGUUGUGAAAAAUUCAGUUGGUUUGAUCAAUCUUCUGUUGGAAAAGAACAUCGCUGUGUGGAGAGCUGGACCAUUUUUUGUUGAGGGAAGACAUAUAAGUCUUCUUGAAUUGAGUAUUCAGCUUGGUCAUGAUGAAAUUACAACUAUCCUUAAGACGUCCAUAAAUCAUUGUGAGAAGAUUCAGAUGUUGAAAGCAAUGAAUUGCAACCAGUUAAAAGAGACAGAAACACCGAUGCAGGCUUUUGUCGCAAAGAAUCGAUUCAAAAUUGGUGCUGGUGGUUUUUGUUGUGUCUAUGUUGGUCUCAUGAAGGAUGGAAGUGAAGUUGCUGUUAAGAGAAUUUUGGUACAAAGCGAGGAUGAAACAGUUGAAAACGAAAAGAAAAUCAUGAGUCUCAUUCAAACAAACUCUCCAUUUAUAGUGAAAUAUCGACAUUUUCACCGUGACGAUACCUUCAUGUAUCUUAUUGUUGAUCUUUGCGAAGAAAUCUUGAGGGAACUUGUUCAUGCAUGCAGUAUUAAACAUCUAAAAGAGCAAGGUCCACGAAUGAUUAGGGAAAUUCUAUCAGGAAUAAAAUUUCUUCAUGGCAAAGGAAUAUUGCACAGAGAUCUAAAACCAUCAAACGUCCUGGUUGAUAUCGAAGGUCGCAUGAGAUUGGCAGAUUUUGGAAUAAGUCGCGUUGUUAAUGAAGAUGAAACGACAGUUGAAACAGAUGCAAAAGGUACUCGUGGAUGGAUGCCACCGGAAGUAAUUGAAGCAAUAGUUAAAAAAGAAAAAAGCCGUUUUAAAAGGAAAUCAGAUGUCCAGGUCGCGGGUAUGAUUGCUUUCUUCAUCUUAACUAAAGGUGAACACCCUUUUGGAUCUGAAUUAGACCGAAUGAAAAAUAUUUUGGAGAAUAAUCCUGUCAAUUUGGAGAAACUUGGUGAUCGCCCAGCUCGUAGGUUUGUGUCGUGGUUGAUUAAUCACAAGAUUGAUGAUAGACCUUACGCUCACGAAACACUGAGAGAUAUCUUUUUUAGCAACACCACAAGGACACAGCGAGCAAUUAGACAACCAACCACGACGUUUGUUUGAAAUGACGAAUCCUUCCUAGCCCAAGUUUGUCCAUGAAGGAAAAAUAAUUAGCGAGGUUGUUUUAUCGCACCCAUUGGGCAUUGCAUAUUUUUUACACUUGAAAUAUCCUUGUUAUGAAGAGCUUAACACAACGUGUUGUUUGUUUAGGUAGAAUAUAAAUAUUACUACAGUCCUCAAUAUAUUGUACACUUUUUCAAAGAAAUUAUUCAUAACUGAGGGGCUGUUCAGAUGAGCCAGGUUAAUGAGAUGAAUUUGAAAAAGGUGUUUGGAUUAUCGAGAACUAGCCAUUUCCAGCUGAUCUGAGAUCAUGACGUCAUAAAGCGUCUCGACAAACUGAGUUAUCAUACGCCUGGUGUUAUUUGUCCCUAUUCUUCUAACUAAUAGUAUAAAGGGUGAAAAAUUUAAAUUCUAAUUUACAGUUGAGAAAAAUGUCUCAGAAACUGAUUAUUGAUAAAAAGCCUUUCUAUCUGUUUGGACGAAAUAAAGAUUCUUGUGAUUUUCCACUGGAUUACACCUCAUGUUCAAGAGUUCAUUCUGCUUUAGUCUUUCAUAAACAUUUAAACAGACCAUUUUUUAUUGAUCUAAAAAGCAGUAAGUGCAAUGUUUUGAUUUGAAGAACUUAAAUAAGUUUACCAGGCUCUGUCUGUACCCUGACACAAACUGAUAUCCCAGCUAGACUGUAACUUAUUGUACAUGAAUAAUUCUGAGUGUAAUUAAAUAUAUCUUAUUGUCUGAAAAACUGG